AGUACACCAGGCAAAAAGUCUGAAAGGCCACUUGGGGAGAGAGAGAAUGGAUGUGAUGAAAUUCAGGGCUGUUGUGUGGGUGGCAAUAGUGGGAAUGGGGCUGAUGAUAGGGCAGUCGAAUGGUUCUUUCAAGGACUGCUAUGCCAAAUGCUUUGUCUUCUGCAUGAUUGAGCCUUCUGAAACUCUGUGUUCUUGCACCACCAGCUGCCUCAAAGAUUGCAUCUUUAACUCCACUGAUGUGAGCUCCACCGUUCGCCACCACGACGAAGGCGGUGUUCGCAUCCUCACCCACAACUUCUGCAAGCUUGGAUGUGCCCUUUCUACCUGCUCCUCCUUCACUACUAACCCUCCCUCCAAUGUAGAGGAAAUGAAUGGGUGUGUUGGGUCAUGCUUGGACAAGUGCAGCAACUACUACACAUUGCCAUAGAAGACUUUUAAAUGGGGAGGGUUAAGUUCGUUUUCUCAUUCGCGAAGGCUAUUUUAAUGUGUUGGGAAAUGGGUGUGAUCAAUCUGUUUCUUAAUUAUAUCGUUUUCUCAUUCAUGAAGGUUAUUUUAAUGUAUCAUGUAUGUAAUCAAGGUCUUAAUGAGUCUAAUAUUUGGAGUAUGUGUUUGUUAGUUUCAUUACAAUUAUUUCUUGGUGUACACGUAUGCCCGCCCUAAAGUGCAAACGCCCUUGCACUUGAAGAGCCAGGACAACACGCC